AUGGAGGCGUCGCGGUUCGGCUUCGACUUCCCGCCGGCGUACAAGUUCGACCCGACCGACGCCGACAUCGUGGCUCACUACCUCCUCCCGCGCGCCAUCGGCUUCCCGAACCCCUACGCGCACGCCAUCAUCGACGACGACCCCUACAGCUGCCCGCCCUGGGAGUUCAUGCGCCGCCACGGGCACGCGGGCAGCGACCACGCCUUCUUCUUCGGGCCCCAGCGGGAGCCGGACCCCAGGAAGAAGGCCGCCCGCACCGUCGCCCCCGGGGAGGACGGCGUCGGCGGCACCUGGGACGGGCAGAGGAGCGACGCCACCCGCCUCGUCCUCCUCCGCGCCGGCGCCGGGGCCGAAGGCCGAAGGCUCGAGGUCACGUACAAGCGCCACAACCUGUCCUACUACCACGGCCCGCAGAAGAAGAAGACCAGCGGGUGGGUCAUGCACGAGUACCAGAUCAUCGACCCGCCCCACCUCGCCGGCACCGUCCUCUCGCGCGUCAAGAUCACCGGCAAGGAGAAGAAGAAUGAGGGCAAGCAGCAGAAGCAGGCCGACGCCGGCCAGCAAGUGGUUCCCACGGGACCGGACCAGGCGGGCCCGAGCAACUACUACCAGCAGCCGGUCGGCGGCGGUGAGGAGUACGGCGGUGCCAUGGGGGACAACACUGGUGUUUGCUAUGUUGGCGACGGGAACGACUACUACAUGUACGAGGGCGACGGCAGCGGCGGCGGCGACUGUUUCCCUGCCGGAGACGGCGGCAGCUAUGCCGACGACGGUAACAACUACUCCAACCAGGACUCCGGCUACUGUGGGUAUCCCGACGGUGGCGGUGGCUUUUUCCACGUCGGAGACAACAAUAGCUAUGAGUAUCCCGACGGAGGUCGAGAAGAAGAGAAGCAAUGCUAG